AUGGUAUUCCCAGGAUUUGUGCAGGGUGGCACAGCCACAGGACUCACCCAACGUACCUCGUCCAGUCCUGAGAAGACAAAAGCCUUCGGCUUCACCCCCAACCCUGUCGGGCUGUAUGUGCUCAUGUACCCGAGCAUGGACAGCAACCCUGGCCCCCUCAGCUCAGAGAAGCCCCGCUCUGCACCAGUAAGAAACAGCACCUCUACCAUAAGGCACAGGAAAUGGACUCCUGACCUGCCACCUCAGCUUCCCUCAGUGGCCACGACCACUUACCACCAGCAGACGGCACAGGAAUAUGUGUCCGUGGUGUUCUCCAGCUCCACCACCCACGUGUAGACCUCUCAGACAACCAAGAUGGUGGGAGGCAGUGCAAUGGGCCAAGAAAAAUUAGAUCAAGAAUCUGUGGAAGAAGAUGGAAGAAAAAGAAGCAGAGGGUGACAGAAGAGAAGGAUGCUGGGGAUUUUGGCUGAGGUACCCAAGAAGGACUUUGCAAAGGUCUAUACGGAGUUAAGAGCUCAGAGGUCUCUUCCUAAACCCUUUCAUUGCCUUCCCCACUGUUCUAUGAAGCAGGACACUGAGCUUUUCAGGAUCCAGCAUUCCCUGGGAAAGGAGCAUGUGAGGAAGGUGGGCACCAAGUACAUGCUGGUUAUUACCAACAUAAACAUGAGCAAUGCCAGUGUCUACAGCCUGACUGUGGGAGACAACUGGAUGAGUGCUGUGCUAACUGGAGUUUCAGAACCACUGAAGUUCACGGAAGAAGUGAAACUAGAGAUGGUGACAAUACAGACAGUGGUGAUGGAGACCCGCCACACCGAGAAAGAGACUGAUUUUGUGUGGAAGUUCAACAGGAAUGAGCUGAAGAGGGGUGACAAGUAGGAGAUCUCAGGCCAUGAGGUUGGUCUGACCUAGACACUUAAGAUCGAAGAUGCCAGACUCGGCAACAGUGGCAAGUUCUCUGCCCAAGCAGGAGCUUCGUACAGAGGCUCAUAUCACAUGUCAGAUCACUCAUAUCACUAUGAGUGGUUCAAUAAGCUCAAGUAUCCGUUGCGUCUUCCCUGUGACCAUGAAAGCACGCUACACAGCUUACAAGCAAGGCUAUUGCUCAAAGUGACCUGAUAAGAUGUUAUGUAGGUGACCAAGAAGGAGCAUGUGUCCGUGGAGCACAGAGAAGACCAGUACACCAUCUCCAAUUGUGUACAUAAAGACAUCAGUUUGGUCCUGCUCAAGCUCAAGAAUGACAGUCACACAGCAACUGCUCCUGGUGUGCACCUCAAUAUGCGGAUGCAGUAUACCCAAACAGACUGUCCGAAGCCUCGCCAAGGCCAAGUGCAGUUCCUGGAGCUCUUGGUUAACUGUGUGCACAGGAAAUGGAAGGCCCACCUGUAAAACAGUUCAUAGUAGAAGUACUGGAUUAAGACAAGAGAGAUGGAUGACAAAGUGGCCAACUUCACCACCCAAGCAAAAGAGGAGAAAACUUACACACUCUGUAUUCUUUCAGAGGGUGGCAAUAACCCAACUGAGACUGAGAAAGUCUUUGCAGCAAAUCCAAUAGAACCCCCUGGCCUUGCCUCUCAGCCUCAAGUGGCUGAUGUGACCAGGGAAUUGGUGACCAUCACAUAGAAUAUCCCUGCCCAGGAUGGGGCAGCAGUGCUUGGCUACUUUGUCAAGUGGAGAAAGAAAGGCAAUAAUCUGUGGAUGCCAGUCAACAAGGACCCCAUCCAGGGUGAGGUGCUUGGAACAGAGAGUAUAUUCUGGAUGGAGGACACAGAAUGUAAAUUCCCAGUUAUAGCUGUGUAUAAGGCCACCCUAGGACAUCCCAGCAUGCCAAUCAGUUCAGUGGUAGCCAAGGAUCCUGUUGAAACUCCAGGCCUGGUACAGGGCCAAAGUAUGUCUGAUUCCUACAACUCAAGCAUCUCCCUUGGCUGGUGUGAGCCUGUAGGGGACCCACCAUCCAGCUACAUCCUUGAGAUGAGAACUGAAGGCAGCAAACAGUAGAGCAAGUAUAUUGGCGACCCCAUCUCUGAUAUCUGCUACACAGCAGGGAUCCUCACCAAGAAGCAGAAAUACUUCUUCCAUAUCCGAGACAUCAGUGAGGCUGGGGUUGGAGACCCUGUGGAGCUAGAUGAGGGCCCACGCGACACCACUAUCAGCCCCCUGCAACAAGCUGGGUGUUUGACCUGGCAGAAAGACAGCAUUACUAUCAAGGGCUGGAAAACCACCACCAAGGUCAAAAACUAUCCCCAGUUCCUCGUUAGCAGCACCAAGUGUUCCGACUAAGGAGUGUGUCGGACCUUGCUCCAGAAUGAGUGUGGAGGCGCACACUAUGGUGUCUACAUGCCAGUGGUAGUGCCUCUGACCUGGAACCACAAUGCUGAUGUCCAGGAAGACGGUGAUGACCACUAUGUCACCGGCUGGUUCACUGCAGCCAAGCGUGUCUUCAGCAACAAGUGCAUGGUACCAGGCAGGAAAUGCUACUUCAGACUGGUGGUUCAAAAUGAAAUGGCUGACAGCGACCCACUGCACUCCAAGGAUACCUGGCUUGUCAAUAAGGACCAGAGUGAAUACAGGACUGGGGGCCUGCUCGGGAAUGUGGCCAGGACUACACCAUCACUGGCACCUCCUUGGGAACCCAUGGCUCAUGGUGAUGUCAACAUCACUGCCAAUUCCAAGUUCUGGCAUAACUCCAGCAGCACUGUGUGUACCCUGGUCAUCCCCACCUGCACACUGAAGGACAGUCGUGAAUAUGCACUGAAGAAUGAGCUAGGCAAGGACCAUAGCAGCUGUGUGGUCACUGUCUAUGGUGAGACCACCACCAGGCAUGGCCUGCAGGGAGGACACAUCCAUCUUGUCGAAGGGCAGGGGCCCAAUCCAUUCAUCACUCUCUUCAAUUGGCUAGAGCUGUCUUUCAUUUGAUCUGCUUUCAAGUGAUACAAAUAUUCUCCCAUCUUAUCAAUGUCUUAUAUAAUGUUCCU